AUGUCUUUUAAAGUUGUUAACGCGGCUGAACUAUGGCAGAGAGACACAAGCUUGCCUUCCAUUCCUACAUUCAGUCAAAGUCUAGAUAAUGUAUUCGGAAAUGAAGGAGUGCGAUUAGGUUCUUUGACUGAGCUACUGGGCCUGCCAGGUAGUGGGAAAACACAAAUAUGUAUACAAUUAUGUGCAUCAGUACAAAUACCUAAAAUUCUUGGUGGGUUAGAUGCGGAAGCCCUCUAUGUGGACACCAACACAAAUUUCACUGCUGAAAGAUUUCAAGAAAUUGUAGUAGCAUCCUUAACAAAAUGCUACAGACUGUUAGACUAUCAUACUCAAGUUGAUGAAGAAGCUGCACUAGAAAAGUUGCAUUAUGUUAAUGCAUUUGGUCUAGAGAGAUAUUGUGCUCUCAUGCUAAGACUCCCUGAUAUAGUGGAACAGCAUAAGAUAAGAUUAAUUGUGAUCGACUCUAUCGCUUUUCCGUUCAAAGAGGGAAUUUUACCUAACCAAAGAACUGGUUUAUUAUUCAGACAGAUGGCAGACUUACAAAGGAUAGCUAUAGAAAAACAAAUUGCUGUAGUGGUGACGAAUGAGAUGACUACACGCGUAGGACUCUCUAGCGGUGAUAUAGUCGGUUCGAUGGGUGAUUCGUGGGCGCAUCGCUGUAACACGCGUGUGUUGUUGUCGAAAGACGAUGCUGACAGACGCGACAGAGUUGCUGUGUGUCUUAAGAGUAAUGAUUCACCAAACACUGUUGGAAGAUUUAGGAUAACACAAGAAGGAAUAAGGGAUAUUCAAUAA